AUGAGCUAUUCACAUAACUCACUCACCCCAUAAGAACUUGGUCAAAUUGUAUCCAAAAUUGAAAUUGUUAAAUAGCCAUUAGGUCUAUGUAUAGAUUAUCCAAAAUUUGAUUAUCCUAUUAUUAAAUAACUCCUCAAAUAUUUGAGUGACCCUUUUGCUCAUCAUUAUGCAGUGAUUCUGAAUACAAAAGAAGAUGGGUAAUAUAUAUUGCACUAGACUUCGAAAGGAUUCUUUAGUUCUAAAAUUACGAAUGAAGAAAUAAACUAAAAAUGUUUUUAAGUUGCUGAAACAUUUUAAUCAUCUUAAUUCAAAAAAUAGUUUACUGUGAAAGAACUUUAGAAUUAAGAGCCAGAAGAAUAUAGUGUAUUUAAUAACAGUUGUAUUCAUUAUGUAAAUAGAGUUAAAUAACAUUUAAAUAAAUAUCUCUAAAAAAGAAAAGAUAUAACUAAAAAUUUCGAAUAAACUAAUCUAGUUGAAUUGAUAAAAUGCCUAACUCAAGACUUAUAUAAAUCUACUUAGGGGGAGGGAGAAUUAUCAUUCACUAAAUUUAUCCUAAAACAAUUUUAAGAUCCAGAAUUUUAUUAUAAAAUAAUUAGGUAAUUUAUUGGAAGUUUUGAACACUAAAAUAAUUGGUAAAAAUUGGGUAAUUGUGUUAUAAUAGCCAUUUUCAUUUUAUUGAAAUUUUAUUGUAAUCAAUAUAUAUCUGCUGCUGCUACAUUUAUAAAUAUUGGUUUUAUUUGGAUAUAAAAGGAUAGUACAGUGUGGAAAAAAAUUUAUGAUACAUUCUGUUUAAUUUUGAAAUUAUUUUUGGAAUUAAUGAUACCAGGCACAUUAUUAUUAUCAGCUUUUUACUUAUGCUUAGAACUUAUAGAAGAAUUGAAAAUUUAAGAAAAAUUUUCUGAGUCUAUCAAAUAUUUUACUCUUGGUGGAUCAUGUAUUGGAGGUAUUGUUGGAGGUGUAAUUUAACCAGAACUUACUCCAUAAAUCAGUGAGAUGAAGAAGAAGAUGGUAGAAGAUGGUUUAAAGUGUUGUACAAUCGCAGUAGGAUAUUUAAGUGAUGGAGACCCAUUAGUUAUGUAAGCUGGAUAAUGUACAGUUGAUCUCUGUAAGAAUUCUGGAUAUGAAGAUAUUAAAGAGUUAGGCGCUAAAGUUAUAAACACAACAAAUACUAUAAAUGUUAAUAGUAUACUCCAAAUCCCUCUUUUGUAGAAGUUUAGUAAUUUCUUAAGUAAAAAUCGCCGUGUCGUUGGCGGUGUCGUUGCCGGUGCUUUAAUUGCAGCAAAAAUUGUGUUACUAGUGAACAAAUAUUUUAUCUAAGACUGA